AUGGCAGCCGGGGCCGCACCGGCACCUGGCCGGUCCGCCAGCGGUCACGCCCACCUUGGCAAGCAUCCAAGCGCGGCCUGCCGAGCCGCAGCAGCUGACCGGCCCAGCGGCGGUGGGGAGCUGGCGGCGUACGAGCUGCAGGUCCUGGGGAGGCCGCCACAGGCGGGACCCGUGGAUAUUGCCAUCCAGCCGGGGCCCAGCAACAGCCGCUGCAUCUUCUCCGGUGUGGACAUCGAGGCGCCCGCGCCCGCGGUCUACGCAGCGCUGACGUCGUACGAGGCCCUGGGCACCUUCAUCCCAGGCCUGGCCGAGAACCGGUGCCUGGAGCGGUAUGCAGACGGCUGCAAGCUGCUGCAGGUGGGGCAGCAGGACCUGGCGCUGGGGUUCAAGUUCUGCGCUCGGGUGUGCCUCCGCAUCACCGAGUAUCCGGCAGGCAUGCCGGCCCGCCUGCUGGGCCGCAGCCCCGCCGGCGGCCCCGCCGGCGCCGGCAGCAGCGGCGAGGGCCUCGCCCGGCUGUGGUGGCCGUUUGGCGGCGCCGCCGCCGCGGCCGGCGCCGGCAGCGGCAGCGGCAGCGGCGGCGGCAGCGGCGGCGAGAGCGAGGGCCAGCUGUUUAGCGAGGCGCGCUUCCUGCGCCCGCGCUCGCCGCUGGGCUGCGCCACCCCCAUGGACAUCUCUUUUGAACUCGUGGAGGGAGACUUUGCGGCGUUCAAGGGCAUGUGGCGGGUACAGGGCGCCGGGUACGGCGCCUCCCGCCUCUCCUACACGCUCUUUGUGCGGCCGCAGCCCUGGCUGCUGGUGGGACUGAUCGAGCAGCGGGUGCAGGACGAGAUAGCGGCCAACCUGGCGGCGGUCAAGGCGCAUGUGGAGGCGCAGAUGGCGGCGGGCGCGCGGCCGCCGCCGCCCUCGCUGCCGCCGCCGCCAGCCGGCCUGCUGUGA